AAAGCGGCUCUUAAAACAGAGUUUCCACAUAUCAGAAUUGAGUUCAUAUCACACCCAAGUCCUCGUAAUGUAGGGAGUAACAAGAACUGGCACGAGAAUACUCUGGCUCAUCUUGCGGACCUGGAUCUCAUCAAGUAUUUCACUUGAAAACAAUGGCAGAAUACAUGGAAACAGCCUUGAACCUGGCCAAGGAAGCGCUCAGGAAUGGGGAGGUGCCUGUUGGAUGUAUUUUUAUCUACAAAGGACAAGUGAUUGCAAAGGGGAGCAACACUGUUAACCAAACGUGCAACGCGACCAGACAUGCAGAGAUGGACUGCAUCGAGGCUAUUGUCACCAAAUAUCCCAACUGGGAGGAGGUACUCCACAACACACAAGUGGUUGUGACAGUGGAACCAUGUAUCAUGUGUGCAGCUGCUCUCCAUACUGUUCGAGUGGCCUCAAUCACGUAUGGCUGUGCCAACGAUCGAUUCGGUGGCUGCGUUUCUGUCCUCGACUCAUCCAAGAUGUACACUGACCCCUGUCCUGUGCGCGGUGGUGUGAGAGCUGACGAGGCUAUGGACCUACUCAAAGAGUUUUACAAAGGACAAAACCCAAAUGCACCAGAGUGCAAAGUUAAAAUUAAAAAGCCAAAGUUAUGAUUCUAAAACUUUUUGAUGAAAUUAUGUGAGUUUUAUUUUCUUGAGAACAAAAGGAUGGUUUUGGGAGUCUUAGUAAAUGACAGCUCGGAAAACCUUGGUGAAUUCAAGGAUGCUGUUUUUUACCACUUAUUUUUGGUAUCACUUCACAUCUGUUCCACUUGUUUUGGAAGUUGAAUUUCAUUUCCGGAUGCAUUAGAAUACUUUCCCAGUAAAACUGCAAUAUUGGAUUUGUAAGGCUGUUAUAUGGAUUCCGAAAAGGGUUAUCAACAGCUCAAGCUGUUAUUUCUUUGGUUGAUAUGGUUCUAGACUGUUAUGGAAAGAAAGACUUUGCUGCUAUAAACUUUCUGUGACCUUA